GGCACAGAGUGACCAGGUUGUGUCUUACAGAUUCAGUGAUGUCCAACGAAGUGACUUAUGCUACUCUUAAAUUUCCAAAUACUUCUAAGACAAACAACCUCCAGGAAAACUACAGUCUCAAGAGAACAGAUAAUGUGCCGGAGACAGAGAUGGACAGCGGAGCUGAAAUUGAACAAGGGGGAGUUGAGAGCAGAGUCGAGGAGGCAGAGAGCAGAGCUGUGAGAGACUACCAAGAACUCUUCUUGUGCAACAGAACAGCAUUUGAAAUACAACAAAACCGAAUGGAACAGUUGGAGAGAAACUGGACAUUAUUUAUGGCUAAGUUUAAAAAUGUCUCAAGUGAGCACAGCAUUUUUAAAAUUGUAUCAGAAAACACAUUAAUAGAGUUGAACAACUAUACCUCAAACUACUGCGAAGACUUAAAGGAGAAGAAAGAUGUCUUCGCAUUUAACCUAUGCUCAGACUCAUGGAUAUGGCACCAAAACAGCUGUUACUACUUUUCUACUGAACAAAAAUUUUUUGAGAAAAAUACCAGUGAUUGCAGAAAACAAUAUUGCUCCCUGAUGAAGAUGGACAAUGAACAGAAUUGGACUCUAACCCAGCUGUUCUUUAGUGGUCUUCCAUCACCUCACCUCUGGGUUGGUCUGAACUGUACUCUCAACAAAAGAAAUCAGACAACAGAGAAUGUAUCGAAUUUCUGCAGCUUGGCCUGCUUGGCUCCCCCAUAAAUAUUUCAAGCACUGAAUCCAUGAAGUAUGUAAUAUUUAAUGGACCUGAAAUAAUUGGAAAAUCUAAUGACUCUAGUAUUAAUUAUAAUUGUGAAACCAAAGCAGAUACAUCAAAGUUUUCUCUCCUAGGUAAAUGCCAACACUCUUAGCUUACUAAAAUAGUGCCGAACCAGGCCACUUGGUGAUGUAGUGGUUAAGGAGGCCGGAUUCCAUGUCUACAACUGCAUAGUUCACAUCUUAGACCUAGUGGCUUGAAAAACACAAUAGUUGUG